CUGGCAGCGCGCGGCUGCGCCUGCGCCCUGAUGACUGUCGCCAUCUUGCCCCUUCUGAGGCACCGCAAACAAACCCAAUUCCUGGUGUUCCCUAGUCUUGGCGGAGGAGCCUUUUAGAUGAGCCCCGAAAGGCCGGGCAGGGAAGACAAGCUCUUUGGGGCUACCAAAAAGAAGCAGCAAUGCCUGUUGUGUGGCCAACCCUUUUGGAUCUCAGCAGGGAUGAAUGCAAAAGGAUUCUUCGAAAAUUGGAAUUGGAGGCAUAUGCUGGAGUUAUCAGUGCACUUCGGGCACAGGGGGAUCUCACCAAGGAAAAGAAAGAUCUUCUUGGAGAACUCUCAAAAGUUCUUAGCAUCUCAACAGAGCGCCACCGUGCUGAAGUUCGGAGAGCAGUAAACGAUGAACGGUUAACAACAAUUGCACAUAAAAUGAAUUUAUCCUUAUAUUUGGGUGAAAGACCAAGUUACAGUAUGUCUGGACCUAAUAGCUCUUCAGAAUGGUCCAUUGAAGGUCGUCGAUUGGUCCCACUGAUGCCCCGGUUGGUUCCCCAAACCGCCUUCACUGUAACAGCUAAUGCUGUUGCCAAUGCAGCUAUCCAGCACAAUGCAUCUCUUCCAGUGCCUGCAGAAACAGGAAGCAAGGAAGUAGUGGUUUGCUAUUCCUACACAAGUACCACGUCAACCCCAACCUCUACCCCUGUUCCAAGUGGCAGCAUAGCAACGGUUAAGUCUCCAAGACCUGCCAGUCCUGCCUCCAAUGUAGUUGUCUUGCCAAGUGGAAGUACUGUUUAUGUCAAAAGUGUUAGCUGUUCAGAUGAAGAUGAAAAACCCAGAAAACGAAGGCGAACAAAUUCUUCUAGCUCGUCCCCCGUUGUCCUAAAGGAAGUUCCAAAGGCUGUUGUUCCGGUCUCAAAGACGAUCACUGUGCCUGUGAGUGGCAGUCCCAAGAUGAGCAACAUCAUGCAGAGCAUUGCCAACUCCUUACCGCCCCACAUGUCUCCUGUGAAAAUAACCUUCACCAAACCAUCAACACAGACGACAAACACAACAACACAGAAGGUUAUUAUAGUGACCACAUCACCAAGUUCAACCUUCGUGCCCAACAUUCUCUCCAAAUCCCAUAACUAUGCAGCAGUCACUAAGCUUGUACCGACAUCAGUCAUUGCUUCCACAACCCAGAAGCCGCCCGUGGUUAUAACUGCUUCACAGUCCUCCCUGGUCAGUAGUAGCAGCAGUGGCAGCAGCAGUUCUACACCAUCACCUAUUCCUAGUACAGUUGCAGUAACAGCUGUGGUUUCUUCCACGCCAUCAGUGGUCAUGUCAACAGUAGCACAAGGCGUAUCUACAUCAGCGAUCAAAAUGGCAUCGACCAGACUUCCUUCCCCCAAAAGUUUAGUGGGUGCCCCAACUCAGAUUCUUGCACAGUUUCCUAAACAGCAUCAACAGUCUCCUAAGCAGCAGUUACAUCAAGUGCAGCAACAGACCCAGCAGCAGGUGGCCCAGCCUGCUCCAGUAUCUCAUCAGCAACAGCCUCAGCAGUCUCCUUUGCCACCUGGUAUCAAGCCUACCAUUCAAAUCAAACAGGAGUCAGGUGUUAAAAUCAUCACACAACAAGUUCAGCCAAGUAAAAUCUUACCUAAGCCAGUGACAGCAACUCUGCCCACCAGUAGCAAUUCCCCUAUUAUGGUGGUUAGCAGUAAUGGUGCAAUUAUGACAACUAAGCUGGUAACCACUCCUACUGGCACACAGGCAACCUAUACCCGGCCAACAGUGAGCCCAUCCAUAGGUCGGAUGGCUGCAACCCCAGGAGCUGCAACCUAUGUGAAAACUACCAGUGGUAGCAUCAUUACAGUAGUACCCAAAUCAUUAGCUACCUUGGGGGGCAAGAUAAUUAGCAGUAAUAUAGUUUCUGGAACGACUACCAAAAUCACUACAAUCCCAAUGACUUCCAAGCCCAAUGUGAUUGUUGUGCAAAAGACUACAGGAAAAGGAACGACCAUUCAAGGCCUCCCGGGCAAAAACGUUGUCACAACAUUGCUAAAUGCUGGAGGAGAAAAGACUAUUCAGACGGUACCAACAGGAGCAAAGCCAGCUAUUAUCACUGCUACAAGACCCAUCACCAAAAUGAUUGUAACUCAGCCAAAAGGAAUAGGUUCCACAGUUCAACCAGCAGCUAAAAUCAUCCCGACAAAAAUUGUUUAUGGGCAGCAAGGGAAAACACAGGUUCUUAUUAAACCCAAACCAGUGACAUUUCAAGCCACAGUUGUUAGUGAACAAACAAGGCAGCUGGUCACAGAAACAUUACAGCAAGCAUCUAGGGUAGCAGAAGCUGGUAAUUCAUCUAUUCAAGAGGGAAAAGAAGACCCACAGAGUUAUACAGAUAGUAGUUCCUCUUCUACAGAGUCCUCCCAAAGUUCCCAAGAUUCCCAGCCUGUAGUUCAUGUAAUUGCUUCCCGGCGUCAGGAUUGGUCAGAACAUGAGAUUGCAAUGGAGACUAGCCCCACCAUAAUUUAUCAGGAUGUAUCCAGUGAAUCACAAUCAGCUACUUCAACAAUCAAAGCUCUAUUAGAACUCCAACAGACAACAGUAAAGGAAAAAUUGGAAUCUAAACCAAGACAACCCACUAUUGACUUGAGUCAGAUGGCAGUGCCUAUUCAGAUGACCCAGGAAAAGAGACAUUCUCCUGAGAGUCCAUCCAUUGCUGUGGUAGAGUCAGAACUAGUUGCUGAAUACAUCACUACUGAACGCACUGAUGAGGGGACAGAGGUUGCUUUUCCCCUUCUAGAUGCUGUGGUGAUUUCUGGAGAAAUAUCAUCACCUCCUCUAUUUUCAGUCAGCCAUCGCUCCCAGCCCCAACAGCCCUCCCAGCCCCAGCGGACCCUGCUCCAGCAUGUGGCUCAGUCACAGACCGCAACACAGACUUCAGUGGUGGUGAAGUCCAUCCCGGCAUCUUCCCCUGGAGCGAUCACCCACAUUAUGCAGCAGGCAUUAAGCAGUCACACUGCUUUUACCAAACACAGCGAGGAACUUGGAACUGAGGAGGGCGAGGUUGAAGAGAUGGACACUUUAGACCCUCAGACAGGUCUGUUUUACCGAUCUGCCCUGACUCAGUCACAGUCAGCUAAGCAGCAGAAACUUAGCCAGCCCCAGCUGGAACAGACUCAGCUGCAAGUGAAAACUCUGCAGUGCUUCCAGACUAAACAGAAGCAGACCAUCCACCUGCAGGCAGACCAGCUCCAGCACAAACUCCCGCAAAUGCCCCAGCUUUCCAUCAGGCAUCAGAAACUCACCCCUCUCCAGCAAGAACAAGCACAGCCCAAGCCAGAUGUACAGCACACACAGCAUCCCAUGGUGGCCAAAGACAGGCAGCUUCCUACCUUAAUGGCACAGCCCCCGCAAACUGUAGUACAGGUGCUUGCAGUGAAAACCACGCAGCAGCUCCCUAAACUGCAGCAGGCUCCGAACCAACCAAAAAUCUACGUGCAACCCCAAACCCCCCAGAGCCAAAUGCCGCUCCCAGCCUCAUCAGAGAAACAGCCGGCAAGCCAGGUGGAGCAGCCAAUUAUAACCCAAGGAUCCUCUGUUACAAAGAUAACUUUUGAGGGGCGCCAGCCUCCCACAGUUACAAAGAUAACUGGUGGCAGUUCUGUGCCUAAGCUGACAUCACCAGUUACAAGCAUAUCUCCCAUUCAGGCUUCUGAGAAGACAGCUGUGUCAGACAUUUUGAAAAUGUCUUUGAUGGAAGCUCAGAUUGAUACAAAUGUAGAGCAUAUGGUAGUGGAUCCCCCAAAGAAGGCUCUUGCCACUAGUAUGCUCACUGGUGAAGCAGGAUCAUUGCCCUCCACCCACGUGGUGGUGGCAGGGAUGGCGAAUUCCACUCCCCAGCAACAGAAAUGUAGAGAGUCCUGUUCAAGUCCAUCUGCUGUUGGCCCUCCCUUAACGACAAGGAAAAUCGAUGCACCGGGAGUGCCUACAACAGGCCAGUUCAUGCGUAUUCAGAAUGUAGGCCAAAAGAAAGCUGAAGAGAGCCCAGCAGAAAUUAUCAUCCAGGCCAUUCCCCAGUAUGCUAUUCCUUGUCACUCUAGUUCCAACGUGGUUGUAGAGCCCAGUGGGCUUCUUGAGCUCAACAACUUCACUAGCCAGCAGUUGGAUGACGAUGAGACGGCAAUGGAGCAAGACAUAGACAGUAGCACAGAAGAUGGAACCGAGCCCAGCCCCUCUCAGAGUUCUGCUGAACGGUCCUAAGUGUUUUGGACACAGGAGUGCACUUUAAAACCUACUUGGUUACCAAGUGUCCAGGGAAGCCCUUGAUUUUUGAUGUCUAAAGAGAGCACUUUGCCCAUGCUUAGGCUGUGGACCCCAAAAUAGCAGUGUUUCAACAAAACUGCUGCAGGAGCAGCGUUUUAAAACAAGAUAAAACUCACAGGGGAAUGUACUUUUAAAAAAAAAAAGGAAAGAAAAAAAAAAAAGGAAAGAUGCACAUCUACAGUGACGUGUAAGACCUGAUAUUUCUCUUGUUGGACCACGGCUGAUGGAAAAAUUUGUCGUGCGGUGGAAAGAGACUUUUCCUGUGAAUGUUCCUCAACUGGUUUCUACUGAGCAAAACACCAUCAGAAAAGGAGAAUGUGAAUAGUUCAUAUUUUGAAACGGUGUGUCAGGAACAGGUUUUUUAAAAAAUCUUGUAUGUUUUUGCAAAUCCCUGGAAGUGUUGAAUUGAUUAACAUUUUACAUUUGCUCAGUUUAUAGUUUAUAAAAUAACUAGAAAAAUACUGGCAUUAAAGAAUCCUUGUUUAGAUGGUGGAAAUCAGAUCCCUAACCAGUGGGAAAGUGCUUUUUGGAUGGCUUGUACAUUCUCACCAAUUGUAUGCUAAUUUAUUGUGUCAUUGUUCCUUUGUGCUCAAGGCAGCACACUUGCCUUCUAUUUAUUUAAAUGUAAACAUUUCAAAGCAGGCCGUAUUCUUUCUGACAAAUUUCCUGUAAACCAGGAUUGCCUGCCCUUUCCACCUCCCACUCUGCCCAGCACCUUUAAGAAAACUUAAAGAGCAGUUAAGAGAAAAUGUUUCAUUGUGAAGGAGAGGAAAAGAAACAUUUUCUGGCCCAAAGGAAGCUUUUGUUCAGUUAUGUUCAGGAGAAAUUAUUCAUAUGAUGCUAUCUUAACAUUGAAAUUGCACAUUCAUGUUGGACUGAGACUUUGAAAAUAACUUUUACAUAGUUUCGUUUAACCCCCUUUGAAAUGUAUAAAAAUUCAUUUACAGUUCUAAAUGUAAUGUUUUUAAGCAUUCUGCCUUUUAGGACACAGUUUGUUUAAGCAAUAUGUUUGGGUCUUGUGAUCACUGUCUGUCACAAGUAGAGCAAGGGGUAAGAGGGUGGGGAGGGUAACAGUUUUGACAAGUUGUGGCAAAGGAAGCAAUUCUUUUUGUUUUUAAAAAAAUGUAAAUAGAGAAGUUUUUAACGGUUUUAUAUAGAUUUCACUAUAAAUAAGCAUUUUAAGACUGACAAAUGUUGAACUGUACAUACAUAUAUCAGCAUAACUGCCCAAUUUUUUGGUGCUGAAGUACUGUAAGUAGAAUUCAUCAACAGUCUCCUAAUUUUUGCAUCUAUAUCUAGGAAAAAAAACUGUGAUACUGUAGUUAAUAAAUUCCCACUAGAGUGACACUGAAGAUUUAAACACAAGCAUUCAUAAGAUGCACUGAUCUCUGGUAGUUGUCAUUAUUUCUCCUAAGCGGUAACAACUUACCCAUAGAUGGAGCUGUUGGAUUUUAUUUUCUUGUACAAAUUCAUGUUUAAAAGACUUGUGAUUGUUUCUAGUUAAGUAAUUUUUUUAACCUCUCCAGUCAUAGGCUUCUUUGAAAAUAUGAUUACACUAUGAACUCUCACCAAAAAGAUACACAUGCCAACAUACAUGUUAGAUUUUGCAUACAAUUUUAGGGGUUCAUGGGCCCCUAAGCCUAUCCAUGUAUUCAAGGUUAAGCCCUCUGUUAUGGUCAGUCCAUUACUUACAGAUGUAAGUUUUUAUAAAAUAAAAUAUCUUUUAAAUAUUCAUGGAUCAGGUAACAGGAGCAAACUUGAAUAAAGUUAUUAUGUUCUACUUCUGCAUAUUCUAGCAGCAUAGCAUACCUGUGUCCCUUUGAGAAUUUAGCCUUAAUAUGUUUCAGCAACUCGCAUAGCAGACAAAACGUCCACAGUCUAUACUUAAAAAAAAAACAAACAAAAAAAACCCCCACAAAUUAUCAAGUGAGGGAUUUAUUUAACUUUUUUUUCUUUAAAAAGGAUUAGUUUAAAGGAGAGCAUGAAUUCUUCUGUUUAUUCAGCAAAUAUUAAUUAAGCAUCUACUGUGUGUCAGGUGCUGUUCUAAGCACCAGGGAUCCCAUAGUAAAUAAACAGAAAAUCCUACCCUUACGGAGUUUACAAACAGAGCUUCCUGCUGAUGGAACGGGUGCAAGGGCCAAAGGCAGGAGGAAACACGAGCCACUCUUGGGUUUCUUGAUUAAGUGGAUGCGUGGUGAUGCCAUAUUUGGAUCUCCAGGUAUCCUUUUCCUGAAAGUCUCAGCAUUCUAUCUAUUGGUAUUACCUAUGUUUAAGUCCACAAAUUAAAUGUAAUUUUAAGUCAAUCCUUGUGAAGGAUAUCCGAGAUUAUGCUGCAAAUGCUACAAAAUUAUUAGGAUCCUAACAACUCUUACAGGCAGUGAUAAGAAAAACCCAUCUGGUUUAAAGCAAACUUUGAUAGAUGCUUUGUAUUGCAGAUGCAGUUUGUGGUGAACUUAGAGAACUUAAAAACCCACUUUAUUGAAGUCAAUUCACACGCCAUACAAUUCACCCAUUUAAAGUGUGCAGUUCGGUGGUUUUCACUGUAGUUGGGCAGCCAUCACUACAGCCAAGUUUAGAACAUUUGCAUAACCCUGAAGAACCCUGUGCUCUUAGCUAUUACCCCCGGAAAUCCACCCCACCACCUUAGCCCUAGGCAACCACUAAACUACAUUCUUUAUGGAUUCAUUCUGUCUUUAUGGAUUCAUUCACCUCUUCUGGACAUUUCAUAUAAAUAGAAUCCUAUAAUAUGUGGUCUUCUGUUACUGGCUUCUUUCACUUAGCAUAGUAUUUUCAAGGUUGUAACAUGUUUCAGUCCUUCGUUCCUUUUUAUGGCUCAGUAAUAUGUCAUUGCAUGGAGAGGCUACAUUUUAUUUAUCCAUUCAUUAGUUGAUGGGCGUUUGGGUUGUUCCUACUUUUUGACUAUUAUGAACAGUACCUCUGUGAGCAUUUGUGUAUGGUUUUUACAUCUGUUUUCAGUUCUCUUUGAUAUGUAUCUAGGAGUGUAAUUGCUGGGGCAUACAGUCACUCUGUUUAAGGAUUUGAGAAACUACCAAACUCUUUUCUACAGGGAUUGCAAUUUUACAGCAAUAUAGGAGAGUCCCAAUUUCUCUACAUCCUCCUCAAUGCUUGCUAUUAUUUGUUUUUUGUUUUUUUAAUUAUAAACUACCUAGUGGUA